AUGGACCCAGAUGAUACCAAAGGAUCAGAAUGGAUGCAAUCCGAACGCUUUCAUCAUUAUGAUGCUCAUGAGGAAGUCCGUACUCUGAGCCAAACUGUUGUCGAACAGAGGGAUAAUUUAAUAGAAUAUACCAAGGGGCUCGAGCAACAACUGCUACCUCGAUACGAAAUAAAUGGUACAAACCCCGCAGCGAUAUUCGUUUUCCAGAAGAACGCAUCCCUUGAGCGCGUCAAAUAUAUCGAAAAAGCUAUGGCCGAGUCUGAAAGGGCACAUUCUCAUAGAGCUCAGGAAUGGCAGCGUGAGAGAAACGAAUUACAUCAACUAAUUCAUGGAAAAAAUGGGUUUAGGGACCAAUUGCAAAGUGCGCACGUCGCGCUAGAAAUUGCGAAUAGCACUCUGCCUUCCGGUACUGUGAGAUAUGCCAGUGAGUUACCGGACAUAGCACAAGUAACAAGAGAGAAGGAUGAAUUCCAGUACAAGGUAGAUAGGUUGGAAGGACGUAUCAAAGAGUUACACUCCCAAUGGAACGCUGCUCUGAAAGAGGUCGAAGCGUUAAGAGAGCAAAAGAUGAAAUGGACAAAGGUACAAGAUAAUUCAAUUGCUUUGCAGGAAGCUAAUUGGGAAAUUGAACGAUUACGGAGGGCAAAUCAGAGUGAAGAUUCUUACCAUAUGCAGGCAUCGCACCGAGAGGUUUUCCGAUUGCAACAGGAAAAGGUUGUGUGGGAAGAAGAGGAAAUGAGUUUGGAGAGUCACACUGUAGAUUUAGCACUACGAAUAAGAACUCUGGAGGAUUUGGCAGCCGCGUUGGAGGCUCAACAGUCUUCCCCAAAUGUACAAAUAGCCGACGUAGAUGGCGAUGGCGGAACACCCUCAUCACGAGCAAAGGUGCUUGGAGAUGCUGUUUGGAGGCAGUGGUCGGAUAGAAUAUGUCGCCAUAUUCAGAUGCAGCCUCAAGAAGUAGAUGAUUUAUAUCAUCUGGCCGCAGCAAACCUGUACCGGCCUGGUGGAGACUUACCUGAUUCAGACCCAAGCCCUGAGAGUGCACGUCAACAAUUUCCAGGUGUGACAUGGGUCAAGGAAUUAGUUGAACUAGCUCGUGAUCGACCAGUAGCUCCAUCGGUACCAGAAAUCACCUGGAAAAAAUGGGCGGAUAACCUUCAAGACUUCGUUCUAACUGAACCCAAUGAGGUAUCUACACUCUACGGGUUGGCUGAGAGAGGGCAGUGCAUAGCUGGUGCAGAAUGGAUUCGUCAACUCAUUGCGUAUGCCGCCAAAUUACCUACCUCUCCAGAUUAUCCCGGUACUCUGAAAGAAUAUCAACUCGGCGUCCAAAUCAAAGAAGCUAAAGCGAGAAUCGAAGAGCUGGAAAAUCUUGGCACAGAUAGGGAACAAAUGGAUGAGGAAAUGGAGAUUUCAAGAAUCAGCAAGCAAGUACUUGAAGAGGCGUUUGAAACAGCAAACAGGAGGGUUGAGGAACUUGAAAAUGAGAUGGAAACAAUGUUAGGGCCGUUUGAAGAUGAAAUAGAACAAUUGACAAGGAAACUCGAAGAAUCAUAUCAGCAACAAAAUCUUUUUAAGAAUUUGUAUGAAUCAGGAGAUACACAUAGAGAAGCACUAGAUGAAAUUGAACAUUUAAAGAAAGACCUCAGGACCGCGGAUGAACGGGGAACUCGGUUUGCUGGGCUCUAUGAGAAAGGGAAGCUACUUUCAGAUGAGCAUGAGAAAAUUUGGCAACAGAAGUUUAAUAUAGAAGUCGCUGGUGCGGAUAAACAUGCAGCUGGCUUGGUCGAGGAAGCAGAGACUUUGCAGGGAAGAUUGAAUGGGGCACAUGGUGUUAUUGCCGAGUUGGAAAGGAAAAUUGAAAAACUGAGAAAAGAGAACGCGUAUAGGAAUACUGGAGAUAGUGGAUCAGAAGAAAUUGUAGAUGGGAUGUCAUCAGAAGGAAGCCGACAAAAUACACCCGAUAGCCAUGAAAUUGGCGAGUCUGAAGAAGAGGAGCAAGAAGAGUCUGCGGAACUCAAAACUGCAAGAAUAGAUCUCUACAAUACUCUGAAAGAAGUCGAGGGACUUAAACUCAAACUCGGAUUUGCAGAUCGUGCUUUCAAUGAUAUGAGAGAUGAGUUUGAAAGGAAAAUCGCUACGGUGAAGGAUAAUGCUAAGGAAUAUAUGACGGAAAAGGAACGAAUGGCGGAGAAAUUGAGGCUUGCAGAAGAGAAAUUCAAAAGAGGAAUUGCGGCUGAGGUUAGGAGAUUAGAAAGGGAAGGUCUUCUAGAAUUAGCAAUUUCGGAGAGUCAACCAGAGGCGGAUAUUAUGGGUACGGGAAAAACCAAAGGCAAAGGAAGAAAACGUGCACCCGCAGUACCGAAAGCCAAAAAGCAAGUUACCAAAACAGAAGAGGAUGAAAGUCCUCCGAUUACUCCGCUGGAAAGUCCACUCGAAAGUCCGGAUAUCUUGAUGAAAGAUGACGAGGAAUAUAAGGGUCCAAAACUUGGUAAAAGGGCGAAGAAUACCAAGCAGAGGGAUGAGGUGUCGGAGGUUGAGAAUGAUGGUGGGGUGGGUGCAAGGAGGAGUACGAGGGCGACGAGGAAUACGAAGCCUGUUUAUACGGAGGUGCCGUUGAAGGUGCUUUUGGGGAAGGAGAAGCGUGUGGGGAGGAAGAGGAAGGUGGAUGAUGUGAUGCAGGGAGUGCAGGUGGUGGAGGGUGGUGAAAGUGGUGGGAGUGUUGAGGGUGAGGGCGGAAGUGGAAGUGGGGAGAGAGAGGAACUUAAGAGGAGGGGUAGUAAGAUGGUUUAG